GAGUUUUCUGGGUUUUCUUUCUCCUCCUCCAACUUCGGCGGAGGCCACGACUCAGGCUCCGCAACCAGGGACCGCCUCCUCGCAAAGAGGCAGUGGACGAUGGUGCGGGGCAGCAGCUGCUGAAGUCAGCGAAACUGAGCCUGGCCUGGAGCAGGCCGCAGAGAAGGCCGAGGGCAUGGCCAUAGCCACGUCGGCCCAGCUGGCCCGGGCACUCUUCGACAACACUGCUGAGUCCCCCCAGGAGCUGUCCUUCCGCCGAGGGGAUGUUCUACGGGUACUGCAGCGAGAGGGUGCGGGAGGGCUGGACGGCUGGUGUCUCUGCUCCCUGCACGGCCAGAAGGGCAUCGUGCCUGCCAACAGAGUGAAGCUCCUUCCCACUGGCCCAGCACCUAAGCCCAGCAUCUCCCAGGCACCCCCAGCCCAGCCUGGCUCACCAUAUCCAGCCCCAGAGCAUGGCAGUAAGGACCAGGAGGUGUAUGUGGUACCACCUCUAGCUCGGCCCUGUCCCACCUCAGGACCUCUGGCUGGAUCCUGCCCACCCUCCCCUGACCCCAUCUACAAGAUCCCCAGAGGCAGUGGGGCCCAGCUGGCUGCCUCUGGAGAUACAUUAGAGGUUUAUGAUGUGCCCCCCACUGCCCUCCGGGUUCCCUCCAGUGGCCCCUAUGACUCCCCUGCCUCCUUUUCCCGCCCUCUGGCCCUGGUGGCCCCACAAUCUCCUGGAGAGGAUGAAUCUCCCUAUGAUGUGCCUCUGGCCCCGAAGCCACUGUCUGAGCUGGAGCCAGAUCUGGAGUGGGAGGGGGGCCGGGAACCAGGGCCUCCCCUCUAUGCUGCCCCAUCUAACCUGAAACGAGCAUCAGCCCUGCUCAAUCUGUACGAAGCUCCUGAGGAACUGCUGGCAGAAGAGGAAGGUGGGGGCACCGACGAGGGCAUCUACGAUGUGCCCCUGCUGGGACCAGAGGCACCUCCUUCCCCAGAGCCCCCAGGAGCCUCGGCCUCUAAUGACCUGGACACUCUGGCCCUGAUUUUGGCCAGGAGCCCCCCACACCCACACAGGCCCCGGCUGCCCUCAGCUGAGAGCUUGUCCCGCCGUCCUCUGCCUGCCCUGCCUGUCGCGGAGGCCCCCGGCCCUUCUCCGGCUCCCUCUCCUGCCCCAGGCCGAAAAGGCAGCAUCCAGGACCGGCCUCUACCUCCACCCCCACCCCGCCUACCUGGCUAUGGGACCCCCAAGGCUGAAGGGGAUCCAGAGAGUGGGCAGGUAGAGAACGACCCGGAAGGGCACCACAACGAGUAUGAGGGCAUCCGGAUGGCCGAGGAGUAUGACUACGUCCACCUGAAGGGCAUGGAUAAAGCUCAGGGAUCUAGGCCCCUGGAUAAGGCCUUCCCAGGGGAUCCUGAACAGCUGGAGAGGGAGCUGCCAGAGCAGCAGGAUGCACGGUCCCCAGGGGAGCCACUGGUUCUGCCUGACGAAGACCUACAGCUCCUGCACUUCUACGCAGGGCAGUGCCAGAGCCACUACUCAGCGCUGCAGGCAGCCGUGGCAGCCCUGAUGGCCAGCACCCAAGCCAAUCAGCCCCCUCGGCUCUUCGUACCCCAUGGCAAGAGGGUGGUAGUGGCAGCUCACCGCCUGGUGUUUGUUGGGGAUACCCUAGACCGGCUGGCAGCCUCAGCCUCUCUGCGAGCACAGGUUGGGGCUGCAGGUGUUGCACUGGGCCAGGCAUUGCGGGCCACUGUGCUGGCUGUCAAGGGUGCUGCGUUAGGCUACCCAUCCAGUCCUGCGGCCCAAGAGAUGGUACAGUGUGUGGCAGAGCUGGUGGGGCAGGCCCUGCAAUUCACUACCCUACUCACCAGCUUAGCCCCCUGA